AUGGGAAAUUCAUCUUCUCUAGAACAUACUCUUUCAUUAUCGAGUCUUGGUCAUGUACCGGAUCCUUCUCUAUUAAAUCCUUCCAACCAAACGAAUACUAGUCAAAAUUCAACUAACAACAUUUCAUCAUCGGGAAUGACAGAUGUCAAAGAACAGGAAAAUAAGUCGAUUGUCACUGCUAAACUUGUACAUUAUUUGGAAAAAUAUCAUAGAAAAUUACCAAUGAAUUUGAUUAAUUUUAUUGUAGAGCCAUUAUCCAUAGAAAGUGAAUUAAGUGCUUCCUAUUUGGAUCCUAGUUGGAAGACAACUUCUCGAAUGUUGGAAAUUUAUGAAUUUUUAUGCAUGAAAUCUUUAUCUGCCAAAAGUCAUGUGGACAGUGAGGAAGAUAAAAAGAUAAUGACAUUGGUUAAGAAUACUUUGGAGAACACUUGGACCACUCCGAAUAAUAGUUUUGAAUCAAAGAUACCUCACUCUCCGACUGGUGGUAGCUCUGAGACGUCACCCUCUGGUGGAGAAGAUAUCGUUCAAUCUCCAAAUGUUCAUCAUCAAUCAUUUUACAGCUUUCAUGAGGUCAUGUCUCCUUCAAUUUUGAAUAUCAGUGAUCCAUUUGUGACUGUCGCAUCACCACAAACUCCAAAUUCGCCAUCACAAGAGUCAGAUCUUGAAUAUAUUGAAACAAAUGACGCCUCUCUAUCCAACUCUGCCCUUGAAGAAAGUAAGCAGAAGGACUCUGCAGUGAGUAAACUAAAGAGAACGUUGACAGGAUUGAAACCAAAAUUGAAAUUCAAUUCACGUGACAACAACAACAACAACACUCCUAGCACUCCUUCGGUUCAAAACAACAAACUUAACACCUCAAAGAGUUCUACCACUCUUGAAUCAAAGAAUUCAUUGAGAAAUUUACUAAAAUCCGAUCAAACACCAACCCUUAAUCCAAGAGAUGAUGAUUCUCUCUACUCAACAUCAAACGAAGAAAAACCUAAAAACAAACUUUUGAAAAGACUUAGCUCGUUAAAGAAAAUUACAAAAUCCUCUACAGCACUUAGUUCUCUCAUUGAGGUGUCAGAUGUUCAGAAAAUGCAAAAUGCAAACUUGGAAUUUCAACAACCAAUGUCUCCCAAUGACGAAGAUGAUCUAUUAGUAUUUGAUGAAGAUGAGGAUGCUGAACUGAAACAGUUAAAAACUCAAUAUUUUGAAGAAAGAAAGCAAAAAAGAGAAUUAUUGACCAAUGUGAAUACCUAUCUUUUUAAUGAACAAGAAUUUAUGGAAAAUGAGAAUUUAGAACAUGCCAAACUACUCGAUGACAUUUUAUUUAAAAGAAUUUAUUUAAAUCCUGAAACUUAUUCUGACACUAAAUUACCCAACGAAUUACCAUCAUACAUUAGAGAUAAGAUUGAUUUUGUGGGUCACCAGAGAAAUAUUGAUUUAUUGAACAUCAAAAUGAUUAUUUUGGAUUGUUCAUGCAAACAAUCUCUUUUGAAAAUUCUGUCACCUGUCAAGGAACGUUUGGAAGUGACCAAAGAGCACAGAAAAUACAACAUUGGCCUUCAAGUAGGUCCAUGGCUUCUCACAUUCCAUGAAGACAUUGGUUUAAUUGUUCCAAGUAAGGUGAUACCACCAUUGGAUUCUGUUUUGUAUGAUUUGGGAACACUUGAUGUUGCAACCAAUGUUCAACAAUUAUGUACAGAACUUUCAAAUAUUAUUGUAGAAUGGAAUACUUGUCGAUAUUAUUCUAAAACUCAUGCAGAUCCUCCUCCUUCCUAUUUACAGGAGGCAGCGCCCAAUCGAAAAUUCAAACCUGCCAACAAUUACGAUUUCUUUAUGGAAUUUCUUUCAAAAUUGGGAGUGAGAGUGAACUUAGCUGACAAUCCAUCGUUUCAACACUUUCUUUCACACAUCAAGAAACUUGGUUCUUCUCCAUUUGUAUGGGUGACAGAACAAAAAGAAACAAUUGUUUUUAAAUCUCAUGCAGAAUUGGAUGAAUAUGUGAAUCGUCUCUCAAAAAGUAGCAAUACUGCUCUUACAUUGUUCAGACCUCUUGAUUAUGAACUAUUGAAAACUUAUGAUCGAUUGUUUUGGUCCAAAUAUCUCACAUUUCCAAUGGUAAAAACUUUUGAUCCUACCUACACUAUGGAAACAACAUUAACUUGUCCUUUUAAACAUCCAUUCAAUGACUAA